AGAUAAGAGGAGGAGCAGGAGAGUGAAGAAGUAGGGUGUGUGUGUCACUGGCCUGUUGUGCUUAUUUGCGUGGCUGUUUGUCUGUCUUGCUGCAAGGUUUAGAUAAAACGCUGCUCACUCCAACUCACACGCAGGCGGUACAUGGAAUACGAUACACGGAUCAAACUGCUGCUCUGGACAGCCACUGAGUGACAUUGAACCUACCACCACAGGGCAAAGCAUUCCUUCACCAUGAGUGAUGAGAGAGAGAGAGAGAAUGACAGCCAAGGUGCCAAGCUCAAACAGCAGCUGAAUGAAAAACCAAAACCUGAAGGCAAGGACAAAACCAGCAAUAGGCCAGGGCGAGAGAGGGAACGAGAGAGGAAGGAGGGAGGAGGGAAGGAAAGAGGGAACAAGGGAGUUCGCCGCAGCAGGAGCAGUGAUACUGAGAGAAGAGGGAGGGAGGCCAGGCGAAGGGAAGACCAUGAGAGGGACAGAGGGAAGAGGAGGGAGCGUGGAAGAAGCGAAGAAGGAAGAGAGAGAGAGAAGGAAGGCCAAAAGGGCUCGGCCGAACAAUCGGAAGAUGUUGAGGACACAGAGUGUGUGGUGUGUUUCUGCACUUACGAUAACGUCUUCAAAACACCCAAGCUUUUGUCCUGUGGCCACACUUUCUGCUUGGAGUGCCUCGCACGCAUCAACGUGUCCUCGGCUGAGAUCAAAACCCUGACCUGCCCCGUGUGCCGCGAAUUGACCGACUUGCCCCAUGGCCGGGACCUGCCACAUCUGGGCAACAACCAGGAAAUAUUCCGCAAGCUGCCCCCCGAGAUGCAGAGAGCGUGGUCUGUACGCUUCAAGCGCAGCAAGGGAAAACUGGUCCUGAAAAAGCCCCUUGCCAGGACCCAAAACAGCCCAUCCAAGCCCAGCCUUACCCUUCCGAAAUUCAAGAAGAAGGUGCAGGAGGGGUCACCAGGCGAAGAGGGUGACCUGCAGCUGCCUACUCUGGAGCAUGGCCACACCCAGGCCACCACUGUGAAUGUGGGCCGGCCCCCCAACAGGGUCAGGGGUCGCAUACGCCGACUCUUCCGCUCUGACCAGUGUUACUAUGCCGCGGUGGCGGCCAUCAUCACAGUAGCAGUGGCCCUGAUGUUGGUGGGGAUCCUGGUAUUUGUGGUGGUGCCCAAUGUUGUCUCCAGGCCUCCCGCAGGAAACAAUUCUAUUCCAUGAAAUGAAAAAGACAGUAGACCCUGAUUGGGUUGGGAAAGAAUGGAUGAAAGGGGUAACAGAAUGGAAAAUCUGGUUUGAGCGCCUGAUCUUUUCAUGGACUGUUGUAACUUUACCUUUGUCACUUGCAUACCUAUAAGCUCUUAUAAUAAGAAAUGCAAACCAAUGAACACAGACAAUUUAAGUACUGUGAAUAUAUUUACUGUGACAAUUUAAGUGCACUGAAUAUAUAUGCCAUAACGUCAGGUAAAAAAACUAAAACUUAAGAUUAACAGCAAUACUGAAAUAUAGCAAUGCUGAAAAGGUAUAAGGGGAGCUUCCUUUUUCUUAAGACCAAAGCAAUGUAUUCACAUUAUUUUAUUCCUGUAACUUAAAGUGCCUUGAUUUUUCAGUUUUGGUGAAUUUUGAAACUUCUGUGGUGACUGGUGGUCACAAAAGUUAGUUGUCACACUUGAAAUACCAGAGUUUGGGGGGAAUGUCGCAUCUGACACUACUAAUGGAAAACGGCAUAUAAAGGAGCAAUUUAAGAAUGCAAACACAUUGCUUUGCUGGGAAAGGGUCUCAAAUAUGUGAUUUUUUACAUGAAAAAAUUACGAACUUUAACUGUACAUUGUCUUUCUUUUGUGAAAUGAUACUUCAGGUUAAACAAAAAUCUAAUUUUAAGAAUUUCCUGAUGACUUAACUAUAGUAUAAAUUACUGAAGGAGGAAGAACAAUUCAUGGCCUUUGAGAAUGCUUUAUAUAAAACAAGUUUUCCUAAAUGUACAAGACUUAGUACACUGCUAAUCCUCUUUUCAUCCACUGAUAAUGCUCUGCACUUGUAAAUAUUUAAAUACAACUACAAAGCUGAAAUAAAUUAAAAUAAUGUAUUUGUCUAAAAAAAAUAAAAAGACUUGAAUCUA